AUGACGAUCCCCGCCGCCGCCGACAGAUCGCCGGCGAAGAAGAAUAACCAGAAAGCAACCAAAGGGCGGCAGAAAAUACCCAUAAGGAAGAUAGAGGAAAAGAGCCAGCUUCAGGUCACGUUCAGCAAGCGGAGGAAGGGCCUCUUCAGGAAAGCCACCGAGCUCGGCCUCCUGUACGGAGCCCACGUGGCAGUCAUCGCCUUCUCCCCCGGCGGGAAGGUCUUCCCCUGCGGUUACCCUGACGCCGACUCCGUCCUCCGCCGCUACGCCGGCGGCGGCGGCGGCCGGGGGGCGUUCUGGUGGGAGGAGGAGAAGGUGGAGGAGAUGGGUUUGGAAGAGCUGGAGGAGUUUGUGGGAGCUGUGGAGAAGGUGAGGGAGAAUGUGAUGAAUCGUAUUACUCGAUUGCAUGUUUAG